AGAAAAGCAUUUUCAGAGCCCAAGAACUGAGAAUCAAAAUGCCUUCCUCCAAAAUUUUCAUGUUCUUUCUUGCUGUCUAUCUUGUAAGUUUUGUUAUUGGUUUAACAAGUGCAGCCAAUCCAAAUUACCUUUCCCACGAUUGCCCAAACACAACAACUUUUUCAAGAAAUAGCACCUAUCAAUCCAACCUCAAUCUUCUACUCUCUUCCCUUGUCUCUAACGCCAGUCGCAGCAAUGGAUUCUCCAGCGGUUUUUACAACGCCACCGCAGGCGAAGACCCUAACAAGGUCUACGCUCUCUUUCUUUGCCGUGGUGAUCUCUCUUCCACAAUCUGUCGAGACUGUGUCAAUUUUGCUACCUCAGAUAUUCUUCAACGUUGUCCUGUUCAAAAAGAAGCUAUAAUAUACUACGACGAGUGCCGUUUACGCUACUCAGACGCCUACAUCUUUUCUACCGUUGCCGAUAACCCAUAUUUAAUUCUGUACAAUACUAAUAAUGUUACAGAACCAGGUUUUAGCCAGCUAGUAGGGAGUACAAUGAAGGAAGCAGUAAAUCAGGCUGUUGAUUCACCUAAAAAAUUUUCGACCAGAAAGGCAAAUUUUACAGCCUUACAAACAUUGUACUGCCUUGUGCAGUGCACACCAGACCUGUCAAAUGUUGACUGUAAUAGUUGUCUUGAGCAAUCUUUUGCUAAUUUGCGGACUGCCCAGGCAGGAGCAAGAGUUUAUUUUCCGAGUUGUACUAGCCACUUUGAACUCUACUCGUUUUAUAAUGAAAGCGUCACUGCCGCACCGCCACCGACGCCUAUGCUCUCUUCACCAGCUCCUGUUUCUGUUGUGACACGUAGAGGAAAAAAGGGAAUUUCAUCUUCAAUAAUCAUAGCCAUCGUUGCUCCAAUUGUUGUCGCUGCAGUGCUUUUCGUAGCCGGCUAUUGCCUCCUAACUAGGAGAGCAAGAAAGAAGAAUACUUCUUUACUGGGAGAUAAUGUUGAAAAUGAUGACAUUUCAACUAUUGAAUCUUUGCAAUUUGAUUUGGGGGCAAUUGAAACAGCCACAAACAAAUUCUCAGCUGAUAACAAAUUGGGUGAAGGUGGAUUUGGUGCUGUUUAUAAGGGCAUACUUUCUAAUGGGCAAGCAAUAGCUGUAAAACGGCUAUCAAGAAGUUCCGUGCAGGGUGCAGAAGAAUUUAAGAAUGAGGUUUUAUUGUUAGCCAAGCUUCAACACAGAAAUUUGGUUAGACUACUGGGAUUUUGCUUGGAGGGAGAAGAAAAGAUUCUUAUCUAUGAAUUUGUGACAAACAAAAGCCUCGACUAUUUUCUAUAUGAACCUGAAAGGCAAGCAGAAUUGGAUUGGUCAAGACGCUACAAGAUUAUUGGAGGCAUUGCUAGAGGAAUGCUUUAUCUUCAUGAGGAUUCACGAUUGAGAAUUAUACAUCGUGAUCUUAAGGCUAGCAAUAUAUUGUUAGAUAGAGAUCUGAAACCUAAAAUUUCUGAUUUUGGCAUGGCAAAGAUAGUUGGAGUUGAUCAAACUCAAGGGAAUACAAACAGAAUCGUUGGGACAUAUGGUUACAUGUCUCCAGAAUAUGCUAUGCAUGGACAAUUCUCAGUGAAAUCCGAUGUGUAUAGUUUCGGUGUCCUAGUACUAGAGAUCAUUACUGGCAAGAAGAACAACAAUUUCUAUCAAACAGAUGAUGCUGAGGAUCUCGUGAGCUAUGUUUGGAAACAUUGGGUGGAUGGGACACCGUUGCAACUGUUGGAUUCAACUUUGACAGAUUCUUACUCUAGAAAUGAAGUGAUUAGAUGCAUCCAUAUGGGGUUGUUAUGUGUCCAGGAAGAUCCGGCUGACAGACCCACAAUGGCAACAAUAGUUCUCAUGCUUAAUAGUUAUUCGAUUACUCUUCCAGCACCUCAACAACCAGCAUUUGUUCUUGGUAAUAGAAGAAACGCUAGCACGGCUGCAAAGGAUUUGGAAUCUGAUCAAUCUAAAAGCAACUCAAUCCCAUGCUCUGUUUAUGACUCAUCAAUUACUGAAGUAUAUCCUCGAUAAUAGGGUGUUUUAGAACUCACUUGUUCAACCAAAAAUGACAAAAAUGCAUGUCUCUAUGUUGUAAUUUAGUGAACUGGAGGAUCCUUCAUUUCCUAUAGUGAUCGGGCAAAUGUAGCUUGAAAGGGAGGAGACGUGCUCAGUAUUUUCUUGAUGAAGAUACAAAUUUCAUAAUGUGGUAUCACCAGGUAUAAUAAUAUUACUGAGGAAAGAGUUUCAAAUUGUUAA